AAGUGGCAGAAAGUUGUUUACAAGCAGCCAUGGCAGACACGUUGUUCCAGCCGCUGGUGUUGGGCGGCGGCGCUCUGCGCCUGAAGCACCGGGUGGUCCUGGCGCCGCUGACGCGCACGCGGGCUUCGGAGGCAGACAUGGCGCCGCAGUCGAUGUGCGCAGAGUACUACCAGCAGCGCGCCUCGGAGGGCGGCCUGCUGAUCUCUGAGGCGACGAACAUCAGCAUGGAGUCAUGCGGCUAUCACCGCGCCCCUGGCAUUUGGUCGGAGGCGCAAGUGUCUGCGUGGAGGUGUGUGACGGACAAAGUGCACGACAAGGGUGGCUACAUUUUCUGCCAGUUGUGGCAUAUUGGCCGCGUAUCCCAUCCCAGCUGGAGCCAGCACCCCCUGCUGGCGGCGGCGAAAGCCAGCGGCGCGCCGAUGCCUUCAGUCAGCGCGUCUGAAGUGGCCAUGCCGGGCAAGACCUACAACGUCUACCCCGAAGGCAGCAAGGGCCCCAACGCAGCGCCGCGGGCGCUGGAGACUGCAGAGCUGCCGCGGCUGGUGGCGGACUACAGGCAUGCUGCCCGCUGUGCAAUGCGCGCGGGCUUUGAUGGCGUGGAGGUCCACGCCGCCCACGGCUACCUGCUGGAUCAGUUCCUUCGCACGGGCACCAAUCAUAGGACAGAUCGCUACGGCGGGAGCGUGGAGAACCGGAGCAGGCUGCUGCUGGAAGUGGUUGCCGCCGUCUUGGAGGAAGUGGGCGUGGGCCGGGUGGCCGUGCGGCUCUCCCCGACCCAGCCGGGCGCCUUCGACUUCUUCGGCGCCGGCGAUGAGAAUCACAUGGACGCGGACGGUUGCAACGUCACCUAUCGCUACGUGGUGGAGCAGCUGAACGCGAAGCCCUUGGCCUAUUUGCUGCUCACCGAGCCCAGGUGGACCGGAGGGAGGCAGGACAAUGAUGCGGAGAAGGACCCAGGCUUUAACAUGCCCAUCACCAACUCCUCCACCUACCGGAAGAUUUACAAAGGUGUCCUCAUGGCCGCAGGAGGCUUUGUUCCCUCCACUGCGGCGGAAGCGGUGGCUGCUGGCGGAUGCUGCGACCUCGUAGCCUUUGGCCGGUGGUUCCUGGCAAACCCGGACUUGCCGAAGCGUAUCCAGGCCGGCGCUCCACUGAAUCACUACCGCCGCGCGACUUUCUACACUCAUGAGGAGGAGGGCUAUGUGGACUACCCUGACCUCGCUGGCUCUGUGGGCCAAGCGGGGAAGUAUGCUUUGAUUGACGCCUCUGCGUUGGUUGCCCCCAAGGCUAAGCUGUGAGGGAGACGGAGUGUGAGCGACUUGCAGGUCAAAACCACGGGCUUUGUUGUUAUUGGAUAUGGCUGAAACUUCUCUUGGGCAUGAAGCUUGGGUGGUGCGAAAGUUCGUUUGAUUCGGUUGGCUGU